AUGGCAGAAGCAGAAACAGAAGCAGAGGCAAAAGAAGAGGUCAAUGCCGUCCCAGAAACCUCCAUCCAAGGACCAGACGACGAGAAGAACUCCUCCACAACCUCGCCCUCGCUCCCCCCCAAACCAGACAAUGCUCCCGACCCCGAAGCCGCGCACACUCGCCUCGAGAUCAUCAUCAUCAUGGCCUCCCUCUGCGCAUCCGUCUUCCUCGCCGCCCUCGACACCUCCAUCGUCACCACCGCGCUGCCCACCAUCAGCGAGUACUUCGGCUCCAGCGCCGGCUACACGUGGAUCGGGUCUGCGUACAUGCUGGCCAACGCCGCCAGCACGCCGUCCUGGGGCAAGUUCUCGGACAUCUGGGGCCGGAAACCCAUCCUGCUGUGCGCGGCUGUCGUGUUCUUCAUCGGCAGCUUGUUGGCAGCGGUCAGUGUCUCCGUGGGCAUGUUGAUCGCGGCGAGGGCGAUUCAGGGCGUGGGGGGCGGCGGCUUGAUUAUUCUGGUCAAUAUUUGUAUCAGUGAUCUGUUUAGUAUGAGGAAGAGGGGUCAGUACUUUGGUAUGGUGGGCAUGGUGUGGGCUCUUGCGUCGGCGAUUGGACCAAUUCUGGGGGGAGUGUUCACGGAGAAGGUGAGCUGGAGAUGGUGUUUUUAUAUCAAUUUACCCAUCACCGGAACGGUCACCAUCCUCCUCUUCUUCUUCCUGCGUCUUCAUAACCCCAAGACGCCCGUCUGGGAUGGCUUGAAAGCCGUCGAUUGGAGUGGCAGCCUCACCAUCGUCGGCGGCACACUGAUGCUCCUGCUCGGCCUCGAGUUCGGCGGCGUCACGUACCCCUGGGGCUCGGCCAAGGUCGUCUGCCUCAUCGUCUUCGGCAUCGUCGUCGCCGGGCUCUUCGUGCUCAACGAGUGGAAGUUCGCGCGCUACCCGGUCAUGCCGCUGCGCAUCUUCCAGCACCGCUCCAAUAUCGCCUCGCUCGGCGUCUGCUUCUGCCACGGCUUUGCCUUCAUCGGCGGGACGUACUAUCUCCCCCUUUACUUCCAAGCCGUGCUGGGUAGCAGCCCUCUCCUCUCCGGCGUCUACCUCAUCCCCUUCUCCCUCUCCCUCUCCUUCGUCUCCGCCCUCACCGGCAUCUACAUCAAGAAGACCGGGCAGUACCUGCCGCCCAUCUACUUCGGCCUCGCCGUCAUGACGCUCGGCUUCGGCCUGCUCGUCGACCUCGGCACCGGGCACGACUGGGCCAAGAUCAUCCUCUUCCAGAUCGUGGCCGGCAUCGGCGUCGGGCCCAACUUCCAAGCGCCGCUGAUCGCGCUGCAGACGCGGGUGGCGCCGCGCGACAUCGCCACGGCCAUCGCGACCUUCGGCUUCACGCGCAACCUGUCGACGUCCAUCUCGGUCGUCAUCGGCGGCGUGGUCUUCCAGAACGAGAUGCAGAAGCGGUACGGCGGGCUGGCGGCCGCGCUGGGGCCGGCUACCGCGCAGCUGCUCUCGGGCGGCUCGGCGGGUGCGAGCGUCGGGGUCGUGCAGCAGCUGCCGCCGGCUCAGCAGGUAGUGGCGCAGAAGGCCUUUUCUGGGGCGAUCAAGGUCAUGUGGAUCAUGUAUGUGGCGUUUGCGGGGGCGGGGUUGGUUGUGAGUUUGUUUAUUGGGAAGAGGCAGCUGAGUACGGAACAUCAGGUUACGAGGACGGGGUUGGUGGAGGAGGGGGGUGAGGUGACGAAGGAAGGGAGGCAAGGGGUGAAUAGGGGGAAGGAGGGGGUUUAG